GAUUCAUAAAAUUGUGGAACAAACCUACUAUGAUCUUUCUUUCUUAAUUUUUAUUUUCUCUAACAUGGCGUUUUCUGCAUGGUAGGGCUAAGUUGGAAAUAACCGUUCGCAAAAUGCGUGGUCCAGCAUCGUGCGGAUAGUUUCGUUAGCUCCUAGAUCGGUUGAAAAAAGGGACGGUAUCAACUAGUUCCAGCCAAGGAUCGCAUAUAUAGACUUGAAAUUUGUCUCAUAAUGAGUGGCCGGGAGAUACCUGGUUUUUACUGGGACACCGAGAAAAGGAAAUACUUUCGUAUUCAAGCCAACCAUGUUGCCCCAACAGGAUCCAAGUAUUCUAAGGAGGCUGUUACGCAGCAAAAAUACGAUGUCGAGCAACAGAGACGUCGCGCGAAUAUCGAGCGUCGUAUUCAAAAAGAAAGAGUGAAAAGAUCUCGCUCCUUGAGACACACCAUCAAUGGGAUUACCACGGAAGUUUGUGACAAGCCGACACCCGGCUUUGUUUUGAGGUCUUAUCGUGGGGAAAUCUUUGCUAGUCAGCUGCAACCACGGCAGCUUUGCAACUUUAAUGAUAUCGUCCAAGGGGGCACCGUGGCGGAUUUUACUCGUCAUGAAGAGACUGGUGCUCUUAUUCUUGGGAUUGAUAGAGGAAAUUCUUGCACGAUAUUAGUAUGCCCUCCGUCGUCUAAGAAGCAAGAGACAUAUGUCUACAAUCCAUCUAAAGAUGCUGCUCAAAUUUAUUUAGGAGACUGGAGGUUAGCAUCUCUCUCCUUAUGUGCUUCUGGUCAUUUUCUAGGUAUUAUGAACUCUACUGGUGGUGGUGGGGGGAUAUAUGUAGGCAGCGGAAAUGUGAACGAGAUGGCAACUAUAGGAGGCAGUUCGUGGCGAAACCAGCGAACCAUAAUAGACAAUGUCGAAGAUGAUUUUUACGUAUGGUGUUCAGCAGCGAAUCCCAGUUCUGGGAGUGGUACCUUAGCUGUUGGGACAUCCGACGGCUUGCGCACAUUUGAUAUGAACACAGGUAACCCUCCAAGUGUUAAGAAGUGGGACAUUUCAUUAUUUGGAGGUAGACAGAAAUCCAAACGACCAGCCAUGGACUUGUUAGCAGUGGACUGGCUCUCCCCAACCGUUAUAGCCUCGGGAUUUAGGAACUCAGUGCUGUGUCUUAGUGAUUUGCGCAGUGGUGGGCACAGCAAAAGGAUACGACAUCCCUGUUCAAUCGAACAGGUCAAGAAGGUUGAUGACCACCGAGUAGUGCUCGCAGGCUAUCGAUCGAUGUGUAUGUACGACCUACGAUUCACUAAAUUUCCAACGAAAGAAACAUCUAAUAAUGGACGCGUCAACGGAAUCUCGAGCGAGCCAUAUCUCGUCUUUGAGAACUACGACUGUGAGAUUGCUCCUAAGAUUGAUUUGAGCUGGGAAUUGGGUAUGGUAGCUAGCACCACUCGUGAUCAGAGUAUCAAAUUCCAUUCUCUGGCUGAUGGCUCGGUGCUACCGUCUCCGGCGUCUCAUCCGGCGUCUCGGUAUCCCAGUGUGCCGGGGAAUAUUUCUCGUCUUCUCUUUGAAAACCCGCAAUAUGCUACGCGGGACUGGCAACGACCGAGGCUUUUGGUUGCUCGAGGGAAUAUCAUUCAGGAAUGGACGUGGUGAUAGUCAGAAUCAGUAUUAUGUACACAUAUGAAUACGUUGUAUAUAUUAUGUAGUCUAAAGGGAAUAAAUACCUCUAGCAUCGUAUGAAAGAAGCUAUAUAGAUC